AUGGAUUACACAGCAAAAAUUUCAGACUUUGGAGCUUCAAAGAUGAUUCCCAAGGGGGAGAAACAAUUUGCUACAUUGUUGCAAUUCACUCAUGGUUAUAUUGAUCCAGAGUGCUUGAUGACAUAUGAGUUGACCUAUAAAAGUGAUGUUUAUAGCUUUGGUGUGGUUCUCUUGGAGCUAUUUACAGGUAAGAAGGUUAUUAGUUUCGAAGAAUCUGAAGAACAAAAGAGUUUGGUGUCGACUUUUACUAUGUUGGAGAAGCAAAAUAGGGUUUCAGAUAUCUUAGACAAUCAAGUGAAAUUGGAAGGUAAUAUAGAAUUUAUUCAAGAACUUACCGCACUUAUUAAGGAAUGUUUAAAGUCGAAGGGAGAAGAUAGACCAACAAUGAAGGAAGUGGCUGAGGAGCUAAAUGGAUUGAGAACUCUUAAGAAACACCCGUUCAUAGUACAACACAAUGUUGAAGAAAUGGAGAGCUUGCUCAGUGGGUUGCCAAAUGAUAAUCGUGCUAAUUCCAAUACUAUUUUCAAUAUUGAGAGAAGACUCACAAGACGGAGCAAUAUACAAGGCUGGCUGUAA